AUGGCAAGCAGAAUAGCACGCCGCAUCUACGCCGACGCCUUUGCCAGGUGGCCCAAGCAAGACCUCCGACCAGACUACCAGCUCCAAGAUGUCCUGCGCGCCGCCGUGGAAGAGCGCUACAGGAAUCCCACGCCCGCGAUGGAAGCCGAGGAGACGCUGAAGGCGAGAGCGCUGCAGUUUCUGGUGCAGAACAAGUACAAAGACAGGUUUAAGCUAAAGGGGCCGAUGCUGGAGCCCAAGAGUCAGCCGACGUAUUUCAAGGAUCUGGUUCGGGAGAUUGAGGAAGCGCCGAAGCGGACAUGGCUGGAACGGCUGGGCAAGCGGCUGUCGGGGAUGAUUCGGUUGCAGUAG